AUGUCAGUGGCUAUACGUGCGCGAGAGGCUGGUCUCCCCUUCAAUGCACCCGACGCGGACAUUAUCCUCCGCUCGAGCGAUGGAGUGAACUUCAGAACGUACAGGAGUUAUCUGACGAGGACUCUGCAUGGCUUUGACGGGAUCUUGCACGAUGGGCAUCUCCCCGGUAUAGGCAACGCCGAAGAAGCACAAGACGGUUUACCGGUCAUUACCCUCCCGGAAUCCUCAGCCGUCCUUGACCUCUUCCUGCGCGUGCUCUUCCCCGCUGAGCUCGGAUGUCCCCCUAUGAAGGACAACAUCGACCUACUCGCGGAUGUGGUCAGGUCUUUGAGCAAGUACAUCGUCAAGAACUUCCCGCGCAGCGUCUACGAUGCCCUAAUGGCUGCGGCAUCUAAGGAGCCCGAGCGCGUCUAUGCGAUUGCCUGCCGCUACAACGCAUUCCCCGAUAUCAUCACGGCCGCGGCAAAGUACACCCUUCUGAACCCACGCCGUCUUGACAAUCUUUCGAUGGCAGCCGUCGCUGAGAUGAGCGGUCCUCAGUAUCAUGCGUUGACCAUGUACCAAUUAGCCUGCCGCGACGCCGCCAAGACAGCUUGCCAGCCAUACUACAUCAACACCUCGCUCAACGACACGCCCGGGAUACAAGCGCACGUUGCCCAACAGUGUCGAUGUCGGUUGGAUCCCGAGCCCGUCCAUCUCGAAUACGUUCCUGGACCUGCGGAGGAUCCGGAGGAGUGGGGAGCGUCCGCAUGCUUGUUGCCGUUCUGGCUCGCCCAGUAUCUCAAGGAUGUCCAGCAGGGGAUUGGAAGUAGCCCGAAGAUCUGCGGGGAGGUGGCGCUGAAGGCAAAGUGCAUUGUUACGGCCAUUGAAGCGGCGAGUGCGUGCCCGGGGUGUUGCAAGGAGACGGAGAAGUUCGUCGCGUUUGCCCAUGAGCUGUCGAAAUGGAUUGACGAGGCUUUCGCGGAGGUCAAGUUUGAGGGCAUAGAGGGCAAUGCCCUUAUAAAUUGA